CACUUCCUGAAGAAUGCUUAUGUGUAGGAGUUGCAAGAGUAGGUUCUGAUUCCCAGAAAAUCAUCGCUUGUUCACUGAAACAAAUGAAAGAUACUGAUUUAGGUCCACCAUUACAUUCCCUUGUUAUAUGUGGGAAACUUCAUCCUUUGGAAAUAGAGUAUCUUUCCCAAUUCGCUCUCAAUGAACAAGAUUUUCAGAAUAGUGUAGAGGUUUAAUUUACUUGCCAUUUCUAUUUUAAGGUGUAACUGUUUGCUUCAGAAUCAGUGUUAUAAUCAAUUACCAUUGGCAGAUCAUGAAUUUAAAAAAAGAAAUGAAAAUUUGAAAUGUAUUGUUAUUUUCAAUUAUUUAUGGACAGCAAAGUGUGUUCUUAUGGAGCAGUACAAAAUCUGUGCAAAUCAUUUAAAAAUAAUUUUGAAUAUGCAAAUAUAGAACUUAAAAAACAAAAAAAUGCUUUUAAUGUUGAUGUACAUUAUGUAAUUAUAUACUGAAAUGAAAAAGAAAUAAUUGAAAACCAAGAAGUUAGAUUAUAUUAUCUUAUUCAUUCCUUUGUAGUGUUUUCUUCACUUGUUGUGGAUGAUGUCUGUGAUCGGUUCUUUUUUAAUUGUUUUAUUAUUGUGCUGCUGCAGACACAAACAAAUGGACUUGUCGUGAAUUGUGGAAAAUAACAAAAUCCUAAAUUUGUUUUUAUGCCUAGAUAGAUACGCUUUUGAAGUGUAUUGUUUUUUGUAUUUUAUAUAAAUCUUGAAGUGUUGCAUACAGUCGUUGAAUGAUCUUCACCUAUGUGUCAUGUGGUUUUAUGCAGACAUUCCAUCAGGGA